AUGGUGAUCAAGAUAGGUAUUACAAUGAAACUACAACCUGGCUCAAAAGUAGCUCUUGUUGGUCCAAGCGGUGGUAGAAAGACUACAAUUCCAAACUUGAUUGAAAAAUUUUAUGACCCAACCAAGAGGAAGAUUCUGAUGAAUGGUGUUCGUCUCGUAGAAAUACCAUACAGACAUUUACACAAAAAGUAUAGUGAGUCAGGAGCCUACACUCUUCAAUUGUUCCAUAGAGGAAAACAUGCUUAUGGAUUUGAUGGAAAAAUCGACGAUGCUGAUAUAGAAAAUACAGCUUAUAUUAUGGAUUUGAUCAUGAAGGGGAGCACAAUUCUAGUCAUUUCUCAUAGGUUAUCAACUAUUAAAACUGCUAAUAAUGUUACAGUUGUUUAUGAUUGUCAAAUAGUUGAGAGUGGUACUCAUGAUGAGCUUCUCGACAAGAAUUGUGUUUAUAUUGCAUUAAGCAUGAGACAACUACAAACAAAACCAAAAACCAAAAUCUAA